UCAGGGGUGAUUUCGAGGGAUGCCAAGGGCCAUCCGGACCCCGACUCCCCUGCUGAUAGUACUCCUCAUCCUGACCGUUCUCUCGUCCACCGUAGCCAGUUUGGCUCAGGCAACUGUCGACCGCAUACCCCUUCGUCACGCGGAGACUGCGAAGAGCAGUUGGCCACAGUAGCACUUCGUUCGAACCAAGAAGCAUUGAGGAGGUGGGCGGCAGGACACUUCUGGGCACUUCUGCCCGCGCGACAGGGGCCGCAGCUCUCUUGGUCAGGCUGGGCCGAGAGGGGCUGGGAAGAUGCCGCUCGACCCGCGGCCGCCGCGCUUCGGGCUACUGCGGGAGAUCGCCUCGGGGUCGCUGGCGGCGGGCUUCACCGCCUCGCUGUUCUCACCACUGGAGCUGGUGAAGACGCGGCUGCAGGUGCAGUACCAGUUCGGCCCGCCCCUCUACAGCGGGCUGGGCCACGCGCUGCGGCGCAUCGCGGAGGAGGAGGGCGUCGCCGCGCUGUGGCGCCACGGCUUCGCGGGCUUCGUGGCGCGCGACCUGACCUUCUCCGGGUUCCGCAUCGGGCUGUACCCGACGGUACGCUCGCUGUACAGCCGCAGGAAGACGGCCGGCGACGACGCGGGGCUGCCUGCGAAGGUCCUGAGCGGCUGCACGACGGGCAUGGUCGGCAGCGCGCUGGCCAACCCCGUGGACGUGGUGCGCGUGCGGACCUCCGUCGAGAGCGGCGCGGUCGACGCCAGCUCGGGCCUGUUCACGACCGGGCUGCGCGCGGGCGAGGCUCCGCGCUUCCGCGGCUUUGGCGGCUGCGCGCGGCAGCUGGCGAGCGAGCCGCUGGCGUCCGGCGCAUACGGCGGCGUGGGCGCGAGCAUGGCGCGGGCGGCGGCGCUGUCGGGCGGGCAGCUCGCGAGCUACGAUCACUGCAAGUACUUGCUCCUCAAGCACGGCGGGUUCGCGGAAGACGGCGCGCUGCUGCACGCCGUGGCGCCGUGUUGUCUGGCCUCGUGGCCGUGACGUGCUGCAAUCCGCCCGACGUGGUCAAAUCCAGAAGGCCGAAAUGGCACAGGCGCGCAUAGGUACGAUCGCCUCCUCCUCCUCCUCCUCCUCCUCCUCCUCCUCCUCCUCCUCCUCCUCCUCCUCCUCCUCCUCCUCC